AUGAGUGGAACAGUUAUCAUCACCGGAGCCAAUGGCUCAUUGGCCCUUGGCUUUGUCAAAUCUUUCUUAUCUGAAUACCCUCAGCGUACCUUGGUAGCCACCGUUCGCAACCAGUCUCCUGAAAAAGACCCAAAUACCGCCAACCUUCUACGCCUGGUUAACGAGUACCCAGAAGCGAAUUUCUACCUGGAAGCUCUCGAUCUUGGAAGUCUAGCUGGUGUCAGGUCCUUCGCUGAAAAGCUUUCAGCCCGGAUUGCCUCAAAGGAACUUCCACGUAUUUUAGGAAUUGUCUGUAAUGCCUCCACUUGGUCGCUCCAGUCGGGGCAGAAGUUUACAUUGGAUAACUACGAGGCCACCUUCCAAGUCUGUCACCUAUCUCAUUACUUGCUGGUUCUGAAGCUGCUCAGUAGCAUGGACACCAAAUCUGGACGCAUCGUCAUGCUCGGCUCCAUCACUCAUUACCCCGAUAAGCCGAACCCCUUGUCUUCGCUUGGGCCAUGCUUCCCUGACGACUUCGAAGAACUGGUUAAACCAACGCUAGACCCAACGAACCUUGUUCAUGACCGUGGAUUCCAGAGAUACGCGACAGCUAAACUUGCAAACGUGACAUUUGCAAACGACCUCAACAAACGACUCCAGAAAGACCUCAAGCUAUCAAAUAUUACCGUCACAGCCAUGGAUCCCGGUGGUCUUCCUUCGUCAAGAGCUCAAGCGGGGCAGAAGAGAUCGACUAGGUUUCUGAUGGGGGCAAUCAACUUUCUCAUGCCGGUCCUCAAGCACUGCACUACAUUAUUCCGCACUACGGAGGAUGCUGGCCGAGAUCUGGCCACUGUGAGUUCUGAUCCGACAUUUACGGGGAAAAGGGGAUAUUAUGUUGGCAUUAAGACGGACUUUGCAGCACCAGUCAGCCAAGAUCCGGGCAUACAGAAGAAGCUUUGGGAGUGCUGCUGGAGGUGGGCAGGUCUGACACCCGCAGAUACCCCUCUUAAGAAUAUCGUCUAA